CGUGUAGUUGACAUGUCAGUUGAGGGAAACUCCUUGAAGCUAAAGUUGGAGCAAUCUGGAUAAGCUCCAAUCUCCACUCUUUAUUGUCAGUGUGUUACUGUUUUUGAGAUGUUCCUUAGUUUUGCACAAUAAUAACAAUAAAACACAGAUUUUCCUAUAGUUCUAUAUAUAACCUGCAUUCUAAUACAUUUUAAUUCAUCACAUCAUCAUCAUUUUCAGUUGUUUCAUAUUUAAUGUAUAUAAAUCUAAAGUGAAAACAAUUUAUUUACUUAUGAUGCAUGUAUACAUCUGUGAAUGUAAGCUAGUGACAUUAAUGUUUCAACAUUAGGCUUAAAACAUAUAUUUUUUUUACAUUCUUUUUGUAAGGAUAGAUCUAAUAAUUUGUCUCAUGAAAUAGGCGUCCAGACAGCUAAAGGUAUAACAUAUGGUUCAAGGUUUAGGAUAAUUAACUCUACAUGGAACAAGUGAUUGUUAAGCCUCGGUUGCCGGGGCGACGGGAGAAAGGUGCGCUGCAGGAGCGGGGAAGACCCCGGGAAAACUGACGUCACCAGACGGAACUCCCCUCGCCCGCAUCCAGGAGACCGCCGCCGUGUGGACCUGGCCCCAGUAACACACAGCCAGUGGACUGGUGGCCGAUGUGCGCGCAGGGUACCGGAGAUGGUGUCCUUUGUGAGCGGUGGAUGUCACUCCGAGACUGUGUACAAACGGAGACGGACGACCGGCGCGUCUCCUCCAACAGACGCGCUCACACCGGUCCACCAGCGGCAGACUGUCCGGCACAGAAAGCAGACACUCAUGUCCAAGUUGAGUGACUCCGGUUUCGAGGAAGACUUGGGUUCCUCCCCGAUUUCGUCCCCGGCUCGGAUAGAUGUGUCCCCGCUACGUUCAGACGAGCCUCCUGCAGGACAGCUGUCCACCUGGUACCUCCAGUACGGCGAUAUGGGAUACAAGAUCCAGAGGGAGAAGGAGGCGCAGUUUCAUCCCUGCAAAAGCUUGGCACGCCAACCACAAUUGACUGCAGAGGCCCGGUGUACACUCGUCAGCUGGCUCAUCCCUGUACACAAACAUUUCCGUCUGUCCUUUGAGUGCUGCUGCCUGGCAGUGAACAUCAUGGACAGGUUUCUGGCGUCCACGCCGGUGGCUGCUGACUGCUUCCAGCUACUGGGUGUCACUGCACUGCUUCUAGCCAGUAAACAGGUGGAAGUGUGCUCCCCGCGGAUCAGCCACCUCUUGUCGUUCUGCUGUGAUGCUUUCAAUAAGGAGCAGCUCUGCAACCUGGAGUGUCUCAUCCUCCUCCGGCUCAACUUCCGCCUCGCUGCACCCACCCUGGCCUUCUUCCUGGACUAUUACACUAACUCCAUCGAGGCUGCCCAACAUGUGUCUGAGAACGCAGGUGGCGAUAGGUUUGCAAGAAUGAUUCCAGACUCAAAAAGACCAAGGCGGUGCAGCAACCUUGCACGAAAGGUGUGCGAGUUGAGUCUAGCGGACUAUGCUUUCAACAAAUACCCACCAUCUCUGACUGCAAGCUGUGCACUGACGCUGGCCAGUGAGCUACUGAAAACUGAACAGGGGCUUGUAGAGCAUGCAACAGUCCAGUCAGAGAAAAGGACGGGCAGUUUUGUGGAUGAACUAUGUACCCAACCAGCUUCUGCCCAACCACCCGAGAGCCCUGAGCUUUCUGAGGGAGACUCUCUGUCCUCUCUCAAGGGCCACUUCCUGUCUGUGAGUCCAGGGAGCUUCAACCACAGUCUGGCCCAGGAAUGCAAAGACAACCUGAAGCUGCUGGUGUCAUUAAACCAGGAGACAUUGCAAGCGAUGUCUGCUAUGUGAAUGAAAGUGUUGUCACCACUCAGAUGUUAGCAAAAUGCCAAAUUCCCCCUCAAUCAUGGGGGUUAUAUUUUUGGGGUUAAGUGAUGUUUGGUGUUUAUGCAGAUCUAUCGAUCUAAUCUAAACCUCAUGUAUACCUCAUACAACCAGCUGAUUGCAGCUAUUGAAUGUUUUACACAUAGCAUAGUUGUUUUAUAUUUAUUGACAGUCGGUUAUUGUUUAUCAGUAAAAUAUAUUAAUAUAUUCUGUUUAUUUUAAUUCAUUCAAAAUCAAAGUCAUUAUAUUUACUGUAUUUGCACUGACUUGCUGCAGGUUUAUGAGUUCUGUUACUGUUGCAACCUCUUCAAUGAAGGACCUGAAAAAUGUACUGUAAUAACUUUUGUAAUAUGAAAUAAAUAAUCAGUAAAAUGAA